CUUAUGAGUUACCUAUCUGCUUCCUGGUUUUUAAUCUCUGUCCUUUACCUGUGCACGCUUUCAAAAAUAAAACUGGAGCCUACAAUCUAAGGCACCAGUGGAAAUUUAACCUACAAAGGAACCAGAGAUGACUUUUAUCACAUCUAAACUACAACAAAUUGGCCUGCUUGCCACUUGUUGGCUUGUAGGACUCUUCUCUUGCCUGUUGUUUUUUCAGUUUAACUCACCAAAAUGUACACUUGAACACAUUUCUCAGUAUCGGUACAAUGUUCACCCUGCAAACACUGAAAAACCCAUCCUGCUGCUGUGGUUCUUGCCUGAAAAUUACCAGUGGGACUUUAAUGACUGUAAAACCAUAUACAACAUUGAUGGUUGCCAAUUGACUUUAGACAGAAAACUAUACAAACAAGCGGAUGCAGUUCUUGUUUUUCACAAAGCUAUCAAGAAGGAUCUGUCUAACCUUCCACCAUCUCCUCGACCUCCAUUUCAAAAGUGGAUCUGGUUCCAUGUAGAAUCGCCGACCAACACGCCAAAGAUCCCAGGCUUGGAGGACCUUUUUAACCUCACCAUGACCUACAGACGGGAUAGUGACAUUUCUGUGAGGCAUCACCUGACGGUCAGCAAAAAGCCAAAUGAGAACAUCGUGAUUCCAAAGAAGGACAAGCUUCUCUGCUGGUUCGUGUCCAACAUUGACCGUAAUACUGGAAUAGGGACCAGGAUGACUUAUUACAAACAGUUAAAGAAGUACAUCAAAGUGCAUGUUUUUGGACGCGUAACUGGAAAACGCUUGAGAGAUGAAGACUAUUUCCCCACCAUGGCUUCUUGUAAAUUCUACCUUGCUUUUGAGAACUCCAUUCACAAGGAUUACUUUGUGGAGAAAUUAAAUGGUCCUCUUGCAGCUGGGACUAUCCCUGUGGUCCUGGGACCCCCGAGACAAAAUUAUGAAGAAUUUGUUCCGGGUAAUUCCUUUAUUCACGUUGAAGACUUUCCUAAUGCUAAAGCUCUGGCUAAAUAUCUGCUUCAGCUGGACAAAGAUGAAGAAGCCUAUAAGCACUACUUUGACUGGAGAAAGCAUUUGACUGCAACUCCUCAUCUAGUACAUGGGAAUCAAGAGUUUACCAUGUAUAUCUGUCAAGCCUGUGAAUAUGUUGGUAGGCACAACGAGUAUAAAGCUGCACAUAACAUCUACAAAUGGUGGUUUUCAUAAAGAAGAACUUUUUGUUUGAACAAAUUUGAACAAUUGUUUGACAGCUUUAUGGCAUUAUAAAUCAUCUGGGCAGGGAGAAGAUAUCUUUCUAAGUUGGUUAUAAUUCCUGUAAAUGCCUCAUUUUAAGGGUGGCUAUUCAUAACAAUGCCAUGUGUUGUUCUAUUAAUAAUAAGAAUGUGCAAAUUUUUACAUUUUAAAUAUUCAUUUUAACUGAUGCACUUUUUGUUUACAGAUUUUACAAUCACCAAUAAUUAUUUGAAAUUUUGUUGAAAAAACUUAAUACUUAAAACGUUUGAUUUAAUUUAUUCACUCAGUGAUUUCUUUUUUUUUUGAUAUCUUAAUAAGCAUAAUGAAAAGUAUAUCACUUUUUUAAUGAUGUCAUUUAAAUCAACUAAAUACAUUUUAAGAAUGGG